CAUUAUUGUCAUGAGAAAAAAAAAAGAAUUUUAAAGCUAGAAAUAACAAACACCAAUCCGUACAGCUCAGUGACCCUAUUAAUAUGGAGAUAUUAUUGACAUUGCUUUUAAUAAUGUCAUUUUUAUAAUAUUGAAUUGGCAUUGUCACGACAUUGUCGUUGACACUGUAACUGUCAUAAUGACAUUUUUAUAGCAUUGACAUCGUCAAAUUUUGACAUUGUGACAUUAUGACAUUUUAGUGACAUUGAAAUUUUUAUAAAUUGUAACAAUGAUAGUGAAAAGUUUGAUCCUAAAGAGGUUUGUCCUUCAUAAUGAAAAUUAUAAUCAUAAAUGAUUAAAUUGUGACAUUAAAUUUGAACAACAAGAAACAUCAUUCUAAUCUUCAAUGUUUUAAUACAAAUUAUGAUACUACGUACUCGGUAUUUGUGAUAUUUCUCUGACAUUGUGUCAUUUUCUAACAAUGACAUUAUAUUAUAUUAUGUCAUUGUUAUUUGUGAUAUUUCUCUGACAUUGUGUCAUUUUCUAACAAUGACAUUAUAUUACAUUAUCAUGUCAUUGUACUGGGUAAUAAUUAAUACUAUGGGUAUAAUAAAUUUGGACAAUGUAAUUCAAUGUUUUGUUCAAAAUAAUGCAAUAAAAUCGAGCAAAAUAAAAACAAUGCUUUUAACAUUAAAUUGUGAGACAAUUUUUAUUAUUUUAUUAUUAAAGAAAAAUUUUACCAAAGUAAAUAAUGUUAUGCUCUUCAAAUAUUAAUUUAUUCAGCCUUUCAAAAAAAAUUAUCCGUAAUUUAUUCGCAUGAAAUUGCAAAAUGAAACAUAAAAUUAAAAAAAAAAGGUAAAGUAACAUAUAAGAAAAUGAAAAGUAAAACAACAAAAAACGUAGAUAACAGAGACUCUGUAAAGGGGAAGAGGCAGAGACUCAAACGGUCAUUGAAGAAGAUGGAGAGGAAGAAUAAAAAAGAGAAGAAGGAAGUAGGGGGAGAAGGAAGAAGAAGGAUUCAGCCAAUUUUCUCUGGCGACGAUCUUUGUCCUAACAGUGUCCGACGAUUAUCAUCGGCACAUCGGCAAUGAACACAUCGGAUCUCAGAUCUAUAAUGACGAGAAGAAUUACUCCAGCUUAUUCUCCAAUUCAAACAUUGUGGGGAUGUUCAUUGAUAGCGAAGUUAAACACUGUUGGGAUGUUCAUGGAGAGCUGCCUUUUGGUUUUCUUUCUCAUUCUGCACUUACUCGUCUUCCUCUUAGUGCUUUUCUUGUUGAGGCGGAAGCACUGGUAAGAAGUUGCAGCAGGCGGCGGUUCGAUGUGCGGUGGCAGCGUGAUGUGUGGCGGCGUGAUGUAUGGCCAUACGGGAGGUCGCUGCAUCUGUAAAGGCUAGCGGCAGUCAACUAGUUAAGGCCUGGGGUUAUUUUUGUCCCGCACGGAAAAAGUAGUCCUAUUUAGGAUUAAAAAAACUCGAAGUCCUAUUUGGGUUCCAGGCUCAUGUUUUGGUCUUAUUUAGGUCUUUCUCCCCUAAAAGUGCAUAAGAAUCGGGGAUAUGUUCAACACUGUGGACAUCAUCAAUCGAAACCAGCUCAAUAUCGACUUGUAGUAAUGCACCCGAGAUGGAGGUUCUCGUUUCACAAUAAAGAUUAUUCCCAUCAAAGGGUAGAAGUUCCAAGUCAUUGGAAGCCACCUCAUCAGAGAAAACCUUACCUGAAGUGUAUGUCCAACAGCCCCUCCUUUUGCAGAGAAAACCUCACCAACCCGUGUUUUUGCAGCGAUUUCCUUCAACAAUGCAAUUGUUUUUGCAAUUCCUGUAAGAAAAAGAUGAAUCCCCUGCCCGUUCCAUCCCUCGGGUAUAAAUAGAGAGCCGCUUCCUGUUUCAAUGAUUUGGAUAAAACCCCCAAAGUAAUUUUCAUCAUACCGAACUAUAGGUGAUUUAUUCAUCUCUAACUUACUACAAGAUUUAUUAUCAGAAAAAAUCUUGAUAAUGGAAUCCUUUAGCCAAGUAAGCCUAGCAAAAUCAAAGUCCAAUAUAGAUGAAAUUCCUUCUUUUGUUUCAGAAAUACGAAUAGAAGCGUUGUCAAUAACUUUAAAUCAAAAGAAUUUACUUUCAAUGACGAACUCAUCUGUGACAAUGGGAACGGAUAGGAAAUCACCCCCUCCAACUUCCCACCUUGAAACCCAACUGAGCUACCAUGUCGGUGUAGGGGAUUCCAAAACUGCCGCUUCGAAGGCCAGAGUCGACUACGAGCUCCAAUCGAAGAAACCUGAGAUUCCCAGAAAUUUCUUCCAGCAAAUUCUGCCCCAUGUGUAGUCACAGGUUCUCUGUUCUGCAAAAGGCGCCGCCGUGCCUGGUUGCCGGAGGAGAAACGGGAUGAAACCUCCCCAGAUUGGUGCCAGACUCUUGAAGGCUUGAAAGCACGCUUCUCCCAUGGGAUGUCACCGCCGCGACGAUGAGAACCCCAUCGCGAGUCAAAACUGCUCCAAUGCCUUGUCCCUGUCAAUAGUCCAAUGUCCAACAUGUCGUCACCGAUCAAAAGUUUCACGGUUUUGUGAUGA